CACCAACUUCCUGUAUGUACCGGUUCGAGUCUGCGCAGUAGAGGCGGAUUAGACCAGGAAAGACCUGUCGAUCUUUUGACACGAAGAGAGAUGCUGGAUUUUCUUUUCACGUCUAAGUUUUCUCGCAGCGCUACCUCAUAGAAACAACCAUGGCUGCCCCCGUGGCUUCAGAAGAGCAGAAAUUCAGUUUACAGGAGGUGCUCGACACCUUCAAGUUGUGUUUGUCGGAGAAUAAAGAAGUCUACCUUGAACACUACGUGGCAGGGUGGCGUGGCCUCGUAAAGUUCCUGAACUGCUUGGGGAGUGUCUUUGGCUUCAUUUCCAAGGAUGCUGUCAACAAGAUCAAGAUCCUGGUCACCCACAUGGAGGGUGAGAAUGGGUCCCAGUAUGUCACAGUCCAGUCAAUGGUCAAAUAUGAACUGGACAACGAACUAGUGGACCUGACCAAGAGAGGCAACCACCCAGAGUCAGGCUGCCGUACUCUGCUGAGGCUCCACCGUGCUCUGAGGUGGCUGGAGCUCUUUCUGGAGCGCCUCCGUACCAGCAACGAGGACGGCAAGACCUCUGUCAUGUGCUCAGAGUCUUACAACGAGUCUCUUGCCCAGUACCACCCCUGGAUGGUCCGCAAGGCAGCAGGCAUGGCUUUCUGCGUGCUCCCGGGGCGUCCAGCUUUCUUUGAAGUGAUGAACGUAGGCCCUCCGGAGCAGGUCGUGGCCAUGCUGGGGGAGGCACUGCCACUAAUCUCUGAUGUGUACCAGAUCACAGAGGAACUUUAUGCCCACCAUAACAUGCUCGACCUACCGUAGAGAGCGACAAGUGUUAUUAUUUGCUACUUUGUACACUGUAUGAGUAAAUAUCUACGUGUUGUGCAUUCACUGUGUUGUGUCAGCAUCAAAACACUGAACUUAAACUUAAGUUACAUUAACAGUGUUAUAUAUGAGAUUAUAUUGAUGCAUGAUCAUCUUAACUCUUUGUAGUGCAUCUCCGAAUGACCUUUUAAGUUCCGUUUUUGGUUUGUAGAUUUACAAAUUUAUUUGUUGUUGAUUUAAAUCAGUGAUGGGAAUUACAGUACAGUGGGGCCCAGAAGUCUUUGCUUACUGCUGACAGCUGUUUGUUUUCAAACUACCAAAUAUUUGAUGGUUUCGUGGUCACAAAUGUCAGAAACUUGGUAAUUUCUUAGUCUUACGUCAAUGUAAAUGGAAUUGUUUGGGGGGUUGUGACUGUUGUGAUCAUUUACAACUUAGUCAAUACUGAAAAUAUACUGAUACUAAUCAUAAUUUUAUGUAUGAAAGAUAUACAGCAGUUCCCAAAACACUUGGGAUUAAAGAAUUUCAACAAUAAGAUACAGAAUCGUUUGUUGUUCAAUGAUCAGACCAAAUACUUCAUGUAUUUGCUCAAGGCAUGUUUUCUUUUUUGCUAACUUAUGAAACAGAAAGCCUUUAGAAGUGGACUCAGGGUUGUUAACCCCACUGUAUAUGAUCAUUUAAUUUAUAAAUGAUGACGUAUGCUGUGUAAGUCUUUAUUCCAAGUGAUUUGUGUAUUGUUUUACAGGAAUGUACUGUAUGUACUAUAUAUAUCUUUUUAUAUAUAUAUAUAUAUUGCCAUUAAUUUAACUGAAUUUAUAAGCAGUGUAGCUUAAUAAAACAAAUGGGUGAUGAUUGUA